UAGUUUAAAGCAUAACUUCUUUUUGAGAAGCAGGAGAAUAUAAUUUUGUAGCUCUGAAGACAUUACUGAACGCUCUUUCGCCAAUUGCAGAACACUGUGACUUACUUUCAUAUCAUGUUUGAGUGCCGUAGGCAAAUGUUAGGUCCUUGUGUGUGUGAUUUCCGAUAUCUGUUUCAUACCCAAGUUCAUUGUGCUUCUGACAGAGUCAUUAACAAUUUGCCGGUUUUGAUUUGCCCAAAUUUUAUUUGCAUUCCUUUCCGCCUCUCGCCACCAGCAGCAGCAUUUGCAGCAGGAACUGUAGCCCAUCCAAAGCCAAAGCCGAUCAGCUUGAGUGUUUUAUGGUCCCGAAGUGGCAGCUACAGCCAUAACAUACAACUAACAAGCACAACAUCGGCGUAGGGCAACAGGAAGUAUUAGCACGAGCCAAGGAAACAAAGCAAUCUAUAACGAUGGCCGGCGGGGGUAGGACAGCCGGCAAAUACGGAUAUUCGGACAACAAUUAUUACAGUGGUCACUCGUACAAGAGCAUCAACGAUGAGAUUAUACUGGUCAGCAUCAUAAUGGGUAUCACCAUACUGGUCCUCAUCACCAUCGCCCUGUGCUACAUUGCGUAUGAGAAGUGCCAGAAGAAGCGGGAGUACUAUAUCAACGCCUAGAGGGUGUCCCCACCGGAAUUUAAGAGCCCACAAUGGGACUUCCCCUUUUUUCGUCCUGUGUUUUUGUUAUCCUCUGCAGUGGGAGGCGGUGCAAGGCCAAAUGUCAACACGGUCUGCGACAAUGUUGACGUUGACGAUUUAGUUGGCCAACAAAAAUAACCCAGAGAGGCUGCAUCCAACCGCCUGCUUCCGUUUUCCUCUAGCCCCAACCCAACUUGCAACCCAAACAACGAACAGACACGUACCCAAAUCGGAAACCAGUGGCAUUUUUGUGCUGCUUAAACGUUCCGGCAUCUCCGUUGACUUUGCCACAGUUGCAGUUUCUCAAGUGCCGGGAAACAUGGCUCCAUUGUUCGGAUUAUUUGUCCACUGUGCACAGUGGGUGCCACCACUAGCUACUUGGCACUUGACAUUUGACCAGCCAAUUAGGCGUUUGUAUUUUCCCAUUUUGUGUUUUCCCCGUUGCAUUCUCGUUAGGAAAACAUAGCCAACACAAGUGAAAUGGUUUCUGCGCUGGCAUAGCACUUUUUAAAUUCGGCUGCUGCAAAAGAAGCAGACUUUUUAAGACUUUCAUAAAUAUGGGUUUUUAUGCCGCACCCAGGCAUUUCAAUUUAAAAUGCAAUUCACUCGAAUUCCACCAUGCAGCAACCUCUUGUUUGUCAAACCGAGCAGGAAUAAUAAAAAAGUCCCAACCGAAACCUCACACCACGGAAUAAUGGCAGCGCAAGAUAUAUAAGCGAUACUUUUGCACUGCGCUACGUCGAUAUGGUUGCUCCAAACUGAAUUCUGGAAACAUUGUGCAUAUGUGCACUGAGAAACAGAGUAAGUUCAUUGAAAACCGCAAAAAAACGACCAAUAACACGGGACGAAGAUUUAAAUUUACAAAAGCUUUAAUUAACAGGCAUCACCAAUAAAGUUUGAUCAAUUUCCAAGUAGGAAUGUAAUAUUAAAAUGGAAUACAAAUUCAAAAAUAUUAGGACAGACAACGGCUAAAAAUAAAAAAAACAUUAUGAGUUUUGAUUUUUAUAUGAAUUAUGAUUAAUAAUAGAUUUAAACCAGUUUUAUCCGAGUAAAUUAUGAUUUCAUAGUUUUGUCUUUUAAGUGAUUUCAAGAUUUAUAUUAUUCGCAUAAAUUUUAAUAACUCCAACUUCUGGCAGACUGUUUUCGGUGUGCUCGUACACACAUUCCAAUUUCGAGUAUUGACAGCGCGGGAGCAUUUAACCAUCCAAUGGAGAGGGAAAAGACGCCACCAGCUAGUGAGUGACUUUUCUUAUAUCCAUUUUUUGGUUGCCUUUUUCCUUGAUGCUCUGUGGAAUCCGCUUUUUUUGGAUUGGGGUUCAAGACCGUGGCUCGAGGCUGUAAUAAUAAAAACAGUAGCGGAAACUGGGUGCAGUGCACACGAACAAAGCGUUAAGGAACAAUAAGGGAAAUCGCCCAACGAUUCCGUGGUAGCAAAGCGAUUCCGAGGGAAAUAAGAGAAAGAUAAAAAGGACAGAAAGAGUUGGCAUUAAACUAGAGCAAAAUGGACCACAUUUAAAGGCCCUUUUCGGCAAACAGAACUGUGGGCAUAAAUUAAAGCUCAUGUCAGGCGGAAGGUUCCACAAAAAUAAGCAUCUCACAUCCUGAAAUCGAAAAAACCAACACACAUCCGCCUUAUGGCCAUGUGUCGGGAACUCAUGGUUAAUCAGCUUAGACAACCUCCGUCAUCGGUUUCAAGGCAUUUUGUUGUUUCUCCCGCUUUUUAGGCACAUCAAGAGGCCUAAGAGCAAACAAAUAACUCGAGUUCGAUGGGCAAGGGGCUUUAUCCUCUGGAAAUGCUUUUAAAAAUUAAACAACUGAUAAAUGACAAAGUUCGUUGGACCAGAAAUUAUCGUUUGACAAAUUGGCAGGCCCUGAUGAGAGCUCAUCUAUUGCCUGGCAACCACGUGGUGAGCGAGUCCUUUUUAGAUCCUGCGGAUGGAGGGCACUUACUGCAGAGCCAGACGAAUUACUUGUGACCAAAUGGGUCUAUUGACUUGGAAAAUUAACUCUGAGAAGAUUUUAUGUUGAAAGAUUUACGAUGAAGUACUUAAAGUAUGUUCUUUGUUUCUGUGUCAUAUAUGACUUCUUUUAUAGCUUUAUUAAAUUUUCCAAGAUUUUCUUUGUUCAGUUAUGCUGCUAUUCAAGUUUCUUUAACCUCUUUUAUUCUUACACCUCAUAAGACAAAACUUUGACCACAAACACAAAAGUUAACUUGACACUCAACCACCGAAAUGUAGCUUAAAAGUGCAUCAGCCCUAAUAGACAAGGAUUCAAAGCAAGAGAAGAUAAGAAGAGGACUUUACUAAUUAUCCGUUAAGCAGGAAGAAUGCCAGCAUAAAAAUCCAAACACGCUCCGAGAACAACAAUAAAUUUUACGACGACCAUAAAAAAAAAUUAUUGGAGCAAAAAUUUUAGCACUUGUCGUGUGUCUGAGUCAGGAAGGAGUUUCGGAGUUUAGUUUCGGAGGAGGAUUCGCAAGAAUUCGCCCUUCAAAAUGCAUCCUUAUCCUUUUAGGGAAACUCACUUUCCCUGCGUGCGAAAUAAAUGACUCGUUCCUACUUAAGCGGACCGAACCCAGAUAUAUAACCACCCCACAAAGAAACCUCCCAUGGCACACGUAGCGAACUUUACGUCCAGUUUUAUAGUUUUUUUAUGUAGCGCUGUCCCACUAAUUGCCACAUGACUUGGCAAAAGAUGAAAGGACGCUGCAGGACGAAACGAAAUUAAUGAAAUUACUUUAGUGUCGCUGGAAAGAAGGGACAUAUUACGUAUUGUAUAUGCAUUUAUCCAAUUGCACUUCGACCGUAGCAUAUAGAUAUCUAUGUAACCAAGAUAGAUGUGACCACUUAUACCUAGUAAACUAUUGAAUUUGUGGCUAAUUCGAGGCAGUGCAUCCUUUUUGUCAUGAAAAGGGGGACCAAACGUACAAUGAAACAAAGAAUUCAAUACGAAAAAAUGUGUACUUUAUUUUAACUAAUUGAAUCUAACUAAGUGAGAUCUAUAAAUGUUGAUAGUAGUGCGAAAUUGUUAAAACUAUAUUCGAAAUACUUUAUGUACAACAAUACAA